AUGUCGAACUUGUUCGCGCAUUGUUUUCCGCUGCCGUCAUGGUAUGCAGUAGCGAGUCAUCUACUCCACUUUCCCCGCACACCACUCUGUCAUGCCAUGGGACAUCCCGCACUGGACGGCCACGUAGUUGUCUUUGAAUCGUUAGAUGAAUUACUCGUACACGUUCGAGAGGUUCGAGAGUCAUGCCAGGGAAUGGACUGGAGACGCUCGUUGUUGAGUAGCACCGACAUCUUGCAGCGAAAACAUCGCAACGGAUAG